AUGGCAUUAGAAACGGUAUACGCAAUUCACUCAUUUUCAGCUGAAAAAGGAGAUGAGAUUAGUUUUGAAUAUGGUGAACCUAUUUUGGUUUUUGAAAAGGAUGAAAUGUAUGGUGAUGGAUGGUGGCAGGGAAAGAAUGUUCGUGGAGAAAUAGGAUUAUUUCCUAUGAAUUACACAAGCUAUUCAAAACCUUUACCACCAUCACCUAAAUUUCAUCGACAUAAUAAAUUAACCUACAACAACAAUAAAAGUAACAAUAGUAAUCGUAACAGUAAACGUGAUAGUAUAAAUUUUAAUAACUAUAGAAUUCCCCUCACAAAUCAAUACAAUUAUCAUUCCAUUGAUGGAAUGAUUGAUGAUAUUCAAUCAAAAUCAGAUGAAACAAGUUUAAACAAUUUAAUAGAAAAAGUGUCAGAAACUGGAGGUGGAAUAAAAGGGGAGAAAGAUGAACAAUUCCAUCCCACUAUGUGGAAUGUAGAAAAGGUUUGUUCAUGGUUACAUGAAAAAGGGUUUGAUUCAGUAAUGCAAAAAAAUUUUCGUGACAACGAUAUUACUGGAGACAUACUUCUUGAUUUAAAUACAGAUAUGCUAAAGGAAUUGAAUAUUGCAUCAUUUGGUAAACGUGUUCAUAUAAUGAAUGCUAUUACUGCACUGAAAUCCGAAUUUUCAAUAAAUGAUAAAAAUAAAGAAGAUGAGAAGGAUGAUAGCUCUGAAUAUGAAGAGCAAAUUUUUGUUGAUCAAAAACCAUCAUCCCGUAAACUUGGAAAUCGGAAAUAUUCAAUAUCAAAUCCUUCUUUAUCAAAAUAUCCCGACAACAAUGAUACCAAUAUCACUCAUGAAGGAUUCCAAAAUAGGUCGCAAAGAUCCUCUACGGCCGUUAAGUUCUCAAAUGAUACUAAGAAAGCUUCAUACCCUCAUCAAGCAACUUUACAAAAAUCUGAAUCCAAAUUUUCAAAUAAAGAGAAUAGUGAUGAAAAGAAUAAUAAAUCACAAAGAUCGAUUUUUUCAAAAAUGAGUCAAUUAACAAAAUCAAAUAAUAAUAAGAAAACUCAAAAAUCGCUUAGUAUGUUUUCACCACAAAAGAAAACAGACAAACCACGUACAAUAUCUACAGAUGUUCUUGAUUCUAUUGGUGUACCUGAUCAUGAAGGAUGGUUAAAGAAGCAAGGUAACAAAUACAAAGUUUGGAAAUCAAGAUUAUGUAUAUUGAAGGAUGCUAAUCUUUACUAUCUGAAAACUGACAAGAAUUUGAAUUCAGUUAUAGUCAAAGGUCAUAUAAAUCUAACAAACUAUCGCGUAAUACCAGAUGAGAACCUUUUAUAUGGAAAGUACGGAUUUAAGUUAGUACAUGAUACAAAUAGAACUCAUUAUUUUGCCCAUGAUGACCAGCAAUCAAUAAAAGAAUGGAUGAAAGCUAUUAUGAAAGCAACUAUAUCAAGAGAUGUUAAAGUACCAGUAAUAUCAUCAAAUAAUAUAAUAACUAUGCCACUUGAUGAAGCUAGAAAAAUGGCUCCAAGACCUCCUCCUCUACCGCCUUCUUCACCAUCUCAUUUUUCUACUUUUCCAACACAACGACAACCAAGGACAAAUAUUCUAUUAGCUUCAAAAGCCUCUUCUCCCACAUUAAGACCUGAAUCACCACCACUAUCAAUUAGAUCAAUUAGGCUUGAAGAGAGACUUGCAAACACGAAAAAUACCAAUGACAAUGAUUGGAUUAUAAAGGAAUUUGAAACAAUUUAUUAA